GGCGUACGUGUCGUUUUUGUCGAUAAUCUCGUCGGUCGGAGCGGCGAAGAGUGCAGGGGACGAUGACUGGGUUCAUCUCCCCAACAAAAUGUGAAGUGUGUAAGUUUGUCAGUAUCGAGAGAUGAAGUUGGCGUUCGAUGAGACGGGGAAGACCAAAGAAGUCAUCAACAGGAACUACCGCUUCAUCGACAGCAAGGGGGCGCCGCCGAUCAAAUACAACAAGUCAGACCUGCGAUUCAUCGAGGUUGUAGAAAAUGUGUGUCAGAGGCUGUUAGAGUACAAUCUGCACAAGGAGAGAAGUGGAAGCAACCGCUUUGCCAAGGGCAUGUCGGAGACCUUCUCCACCCUUCAUGGUUUGGUGAAUAAAGGCGUGAACGUGGUGAUGGAUAUUCCCUACGAGCUGUGGAACGAGACUUCAGCAGAAGUGGCCGACCUGAAAAAACAGUGCGACGUGUUGAUAGAGAAAUAUGAGGACGUGAUUGAAGACUGGUACAAAGGCAGCCAGGAGGAAGACCUGACCACAUAUUUAUGUGAGAAGCACGUCCUCAAAGGACAGGACACAGCCUGUCUGAACGAGGACUGGACCCCAAAAAAGAAGGGAGACCAGGCGGCUAUUGCAGAGGACAAGAAGAAGAAGAAAAAGAAGAAGGGAGGGAAGAAGAGCGAGGGAGGAGACGGCAGCUCGGAGGGCGAGAAGACGACCAAGAAGAAGAAAGAGAAGAAGGUGAAGAAGAAGAAAAAGAGCAAAGCCGCGGCGGAGAAGACGGACGGAGGGGCGUCGUCGGACGAGGACAUCCAGCCGCCGGUGCCUCUGUCCGGGCAGAAGACGGAGCUGUGACGCCUCCGGACGACCCGGAUCGGCCCGAAACGAAACGCUUAGUAAACGCAGUCUGCAGCGUCUUUGUCCAAAGUGACGUUCACGUC